CCAAGUUAUUAAUGAUGUUACAUUUAUCAGAGCGAUGGAGUCCAAAGUGUACUGGACCACAUAAAGGACAGCGAGUCAAAAAAUGCGAGCAGCCUGAGAACAGCAGAGAGGCAGCAGGAACAGCUGGAGACAUGCAGGACAGCCAAGUGAACCGAAUGAAGAAAGCGAUGAUGAGGAUGAAGGUACACAACACCUUAGUCCGACAGUGUCUAGGGGAGAUCAUUGGCACCUUUGUUCUUCUGCUGUUCGGCUGUUCCGCAGCAGCUCAGGUGAAGACCGGUGAUCAGAUGAAGGGACAGUUUCUGUCGGCCAACCUGAGCUUUGCUGUGGGGGUCAUGUGCGCCAUGUACCUCAGCAUGGGAGUGUCAGGUGCUCAUCUGAACCCUGCAGUGUCUCUAAGCUUCUGUGUGUUGGGAGAUCUUCCCUGGCGAUGCCUCCUGCCUUACUCUCUGUCUCAGUUGCUAGGGGCCUACCUCGCCUCUGCAAUAGUCUACACCAUGUACUACGAUGCUAUAAUGGCGUACAGUGGUGGGGUUCUGACUGCUUAUGGUCCUAAUGAAACUGCAUCCAUCUUUGCCACAUUCCCAACACCGGGGACGUCCCUGCAGACCAACAUCUUUGACCAGGUGGUCGGCACUGCUACACUUUUGUUGUGUAUCCUGCCCUUAAGUGAUAAAAGGAACAGACCUGCUCCUGAUGCCUUGCUCCCACCAAUUGUAGCAGCUGUUGUUUUGGGAAUAGCAAUGUCCAUGUCCUCUAACUGUGGUGGAGCCAUAAAUCCAGCGAGGGAUCUCGGGCCUCGGCUCUUCACUCUCACAGCAGGCUGGGGCACUGAAGUCUUUACGUGCUACGAUUACUUCUUCUGGGUGCCACUGUUGGCUCCUCUGUUGGGAGCUUUGCUGGGCUGCUUUUUAUACCAAGUCUUCAUACAGUGGCACCUCCCUGAGCCUGAACCAGAAACAGUCAAAAGUCAAUCGCAGGACAAUGAAUUUUGCUUAAAAGCGGUUGCCCUGUAAUGAGAAAUGUAAAAAGUGUCUUAAAUAAUUCUCACUUAGCUUCCAGUUUCCUGUUAUCUUUCAUCAUUAUGAAACAGAAGUAUGUAGAUUAGUCCAUUCCAUUGCAAGGCAUCUCCCAUGCUCAACACACACAAAGAUGCACAUUUAUUCACUUAACACAGUUAACUCCGGUCAAUUUAGAGUUAUAUUAACUCUAUUUUUUAUUUAGAGUUAACUUAUUUCAACUCUAAAUAAGUUAAUUAUUAACUUAUUUUGGUAUAGAAAUUAAUGAAUAAAUAAUGUCAUAUAAUUUGUUAAUAAGAUUAAACAGGAGCUAUUUCUGUAAAAUACAUCCUAAUAAAUCAGAUAUUAUUUUAUAAGUAAUACCUACAUGUUCUACACUGAAUUAGAAAUGUUUGGCCACAGUAUGACUGUAGCUGUGGUUAGUAGAUUGGAAGCAACUGAAGUUACUGAAGUUCCACACUUUUAUUGAAACCUUCUUUAUCCCUCUUUAGACUAACUUUUGCUUUUCUACAAUACCUAUGUUAUACCUAAUACCUAUGUUAUAAUAUAUAAUGUUAUUAUAAAUUAUAAUACCUAUGUUAUAGCUUUAUUUUUAUUUAUCUUUGUAAAGAAUGUUUUAAUAAGCCUUACUGACAAGGAUUCUAAACUAAUAUAUGCAGCACUUUACAGAAACAGAAUAAAAAAAAACCUCACUUUUCUUCAUUAAAGUGAUUCAUGAAAACACUGUACAGCCAACUGAGCUUUGAGAUUUCAUGUACUGAAGAUGUCCUAUUCUUUAUCGCACAUCUCAGGCUCAAUAGUCUUGGGAAUCCUGUGCAUAAGGUGGGAAUACCAGUCUGUUGCAGGAAACAAUGCACACACACACACAGACAACUUAGUGUUGAGAAUCUCCACCUACCAGUAUGUCUUUGGGAGGUGGGAAAAAACAGGAGAACCCGCAGAAAACCCAAAGACAAAAACUCAAGUUCAGGAUUAAAGUUAUAAGAAAUCAGGGACCUUUGAGGCACCAAUGCAACCAGUUGUGCUA